UUCCCCCUCUCUCACCUUCCCAGUCCCAGAAUGGAUACAGCCCUGGGGCAGGGCCAUGCCAAGCUGCAGCAACAGAACUCUGGUCUCUAACAACAGAAAUCUCCCUCUCCUCGUCUUCUUCAAUGGGUUUCUGUGGCGUGUGGGCAGCUGGAAUGGAGAAUGACGUCCCCCAGAGGCCCUAAAUAGGAAUCCCCUCUACGGUAUCCCUGACCAGUGGCCAUCCAGCUUCUGCUUGAAUAGUUCCAGUGGCGGGAAAGUCACUACCUCAGCUAUUUAAUAGUAAGUUCUUCCUCAUCCUUGCCUAUUCCCUUUGUUUUGGAGAGGCAUAGAUGGCCCAUGCCUUGGAGACAAGUCGACAACAGAAGGAAAAGUUCCUCCGAGCUAUGCAUGCCCUUCAAGCUACAUCUCUUCAUACCUUACAGGUGGCCAGCCCACUUCUAGAGCAACCUGGAGGCUUGGGACUGCUCACUGGCUCUUAUCUUCAACAACUGGCACACCAAAGCCAAGGCUUGUGUGUGGAGUUGGGUCAUGUGGCUCACCUCCUCCGGUUCCAGCAGGACCAGCUUCUGAGAAGAAUCCCCACUCCUGGUGGGGUCAGAGGCUUGCAUUGCUCCCUGGAUGACGCGCUCUACCUGACCUUCGAUGAGACCCCCUGUGUCCAGAUCCUUGACCUCUCGGGGCACCUUCUCCACACUCUGCCCUGUAGCCUGCCGGGGACUGGAGCCUUUGUGUCAGAAGAUGUGACUGUGACAGGGUCAGGGCUGGUACUGGUCAGUAGCCUGGUCCACAGAGCAGUCUAUGCCUUCCGCCACCUUUCUGAGGCCUCCCAGGGUGAAUGGGUGAAAAUCUUGACCUUUGAGUCCCCCCGAGGCCUGGGAGUAGAUGCUCUGGGACGCGUCCUGGUAGCAGACUAUGUCUCGGGUUUAGUUCAUAGUUUUUCAUUAGGCUCAUCAUUCAAGGUCAUGGGCCUGACCUCGGUCCCAGGCCUGUGUGGCCCCCGUCAUGUGAGCUGUGGCCCAGAUUGGGGCUUUGUGGUGAGUGAGGAAUGCGGAGACGUCCGGCUCUUUGGCCAUGCUCACCAGGCACUGGGCUCUCUGAGCAGCCGGCUUGAGUACCCAUUUGGGAACCCAGCCGGAAUCUGCACUGAUCCGGAGGGCAACAUAAUUGUCGUGGAUGAACAGCUUAAAGAAGUAACCCUAUUCCCACAAGCUGGGCCCCCAGUCAGACUUGUAUCUAAAGGUCUGCAAAGGCCCACAGGGGUGGCCUGUGCCUCCCAUGGCCGAUUAUUGGUGGCUGACAAUGGUGAUAACUGUGUCAAAAUCUUUAAAUAUCAAAUGUAGGCCUUGGGGUAGUCUGGAAGGUGAAGGUUGAAGGAGAAGGAAAUUCUCUGCCCAGGACACUAAGGUGAGUAUCAGGACUUCAAGAAGCAAGGGUCAAGAUUCUUGAGUUCUUGUCCUGGUUAUCUGUGCUGGAAUGGUCUGUCUGUGCCUCACUUUCCCCAUCUGAACAAUGAGAAGUUAUUCCAGUUUACAAAAGGUUCCUUCCAAAUGGAAUGACUGGGAUACAUACUGGGAUCAAAUAGUUCUUUUUGCUGACCUGCAUCAUAUUUCUGGAAGUCUUGGCCCACUUCCAGGAGUAGGGGGCUGAUUGGGGUUCACAUUGAUCUAGGUAGAGAAUCCAGAAGCAAAUGCUAACCUGCCAUCCACCAAUAAAACUGACAAGUGUUUCCACA